UAUCUUUUAACAACAUCACGUUGUGGAAUAGUCUGGCGCCAGAGCAUCGCUGGAACCAUGCCUCUUCUGCAGAUUUGGACUGGGAGAUUUCAUCCACCGAUUUGAUCAUCAAGAGGCUGCUGCUCAGUCAUUCAUGCCAGUGUUUGUUUUUUUAAGGGGAAGAGUACUUGUCAUCACUUUCAAAAGUAUUGUGUGUGCUGUUUUUUGAGCAAGAUGUCUGAUCUUCUGGUGUUGGUCGAGGGGCUCUGUGACCUGCACGGAUUUCCAUAGCCGAGGAAAACAGCGGGGGCCAAUUACGAGAUAAAAAAAAAUCAACAACCGAAGAAGCCUAUUAUAAUGAACACAUCGCAUGCGUAGAUGUAGGUUAGUUUCUUCGGCAUUUUUAAAAGGCAAAUUUUUUUAAAUUGCCUUUUUUUACUUUGUGAAUUUUCUGGAGGACCACUGGACUGGUUGGAUUAUAGAAACUAUAUCUAAGGAUUUGUGGAGAUGUUGGGUCGUCAAGAAGAUAAAUUAUGUGGAAUUUUCUCUGCUCUGGCGGCUUUGUCCUUCUUCUUCUGCUUUGUUCAAAGCUCUUACACUGGAAGCACCGGAAUGUCUCUGGCCAAGACCACCGUGGACAAGUUGCUGAAGGGAUAUGACAUCCGUUUAAGGCCUGAUUUUGGAGGUCUUCCAGUCAUCGUAGGAAUGAGCAUCAACAUAGCGAGCAUCGACUCCAUCUCAGAAGUGAACAUGGACUACACCAUCACAAUGUAUUUCCAGCAGAGCUGGCGGGAUAAGCGUUUGGCCUACAGUGAGAUGAAGCUAAACCUGACUCUGGACAACCGUGUAGCAGACCAGCUUUGGCUCCCUGACACCUACUUCCUUAAUGACAAGAAGUCCUUUCUUCACGGUGUGACCGUGAAGAACCGUAUGAUCCGACUGCACCCAGAUGGCACUGUGUUAUACGGGCUCCGAAUAACCACCACGGCUGCGUGCAUGAUGGACUUGAGGAGGUACCCUCUUGAUGAGCAGAACUGCACCCUGGAAAUUGAAAGCUAUGGAUAUACCACAGAUGACAUCGUAUUCUUCUGGCAAGGAGGGGACAAAGCUGUGACGGGCAUCGAGAAGUUGGAAUUACCUCAGUUUUCCAUUGUAGACAUCCGUUUAGUGUCCAGAGAGGUCAUGUUUACCACAGGUUCAUAUCCAAGGCUUUCGCUGAGUUUCCGGAUUAAGAGGAGCAUUGGAUAUUUCAUCCUGCAGACAUACAUGCCCUCCAUCUUGAUCACCAUCCUCUCCUGGGUCUCCUUCUGGAUCAAUUACGAUGCCUCUGCAGCUCGGGUGGCCCUGGGUGUGACAACGGUGCUUACCAUGACAACAAUUAACACCCACCUUAGGGAGACUCUCCCAAAGAUUCCGUAUGUGAAAGCCAUCGACGUCUACCUCAUGGGCUGUUUUGUGUUUGUGUUCCUGGCCCUGCUCGAAUAUGCCUUUGUAAAUUACGUGUUCUUUGGCCGGGGCCCUGCGCAACAGAAGAAAAUCAAUGAGCGGCUGAACAAAGCCAACAACGAGCGCACAAGAUACGAAGAGAAGCGCCUGAGGGAACAGGACUCCAUUUCCGUGCCGUAUCAAAGCAACACCGUCAGGUCAUUUACAAAGCGAAGAAAUCUGUAUCUCGAGGAACAAAGAAAAGUUGGGGUGGAUGCUUAUGGAAACAUCCUCCUCACCACACUGGAGAUGAACAACGAAGUGAUGCCUUCGGACGUGGGAAGCAGCGUCAGUGACUCUCGGAAUUCGGUCAUGUCCUUCGACAGCUCCGGGGUCCAAUUCAGGAAGCCCAUGGCGACCCGCGAUGGCUUCAGCCACCGCUCGCUGGAUCGGAGCGCCAUGCGGAGCCGGGCCAACUGUCGGCUACGACGACGCUCUUCCAAGCUCAAGUUGAAAAUCCCAAACCUGUCAGAUGUUAGCACCAUUGACAAGUGGUCCCGGGUCAUUUUCCCAAUCACUUUUGGAUUUUUCAACCUAAUCUACUGGUUGUACUAUGUGAAUUGAUGUGCAUCCCACUAGGAAUCAUGGGCCAUAUUUUGAGAGCACAUUAGAUUGGCUUUGAUACAGUUCCAAAAUAUGUAUACACAUAUACAAGUUGAACAUAUGUAUAUGCAUAUUUAUAUAUAUUAUAUUUAUAUAUACACGUGUGAAAUCUGAAGGACCUUUCUGCUGUACAAAGUAUUAAUAGGAUGACUUGAAUGUUUAAGAAUAAUUGUGAGAAGAUUUCAAGGCUUUGCGUUUCGUUUUCCUGCUGAAACAAACAAACAAACAAACAAACAAACAAACACAAGAUCCCACCCGGGGGUUUCGGAACUAAAGACUGCAUGAUAUUUUUGCUUUAAAAAAAACAAGAAAAAAGUGAAAGUGAAAACUCUUGAGGGAGAAAAAGAUGUCUCAGAGUCCCAUUGACUUUUUACUGAUACCUAUUGUAAUCAAGAAAUCCUCGACUGCAGCUCAUGAAAUCAGCGGUGGCUCGUCUGUUCAGGCAUCAGAGUGAGAUCCUUGACCCCCCCCCCCCCCAUCGCCCAUGGAUAACAUGCACGGAAAUCUCCGGUUCUACUAUGUACAGCAACCUUGUUUGGAUUAUGUGUUGUUUCUUGGGUUUUUUGAAGUGAUAUCGUUCUCUUUGUCAGACAUCCGCUCUGGCCUAAUGGGCUCCAUUAGAGGCUCGCAUGGACGGGAUGUUUGACCGCCACAUUCCCGCCCAGAGUCAACGCAAACUUGUGUUCCUUUCUCUUCUCAUGCUAUUUUUAGAAACACGUCCUUGGUGGGGGGUGGGGGGGGGGUAUUUUUCAUUAUGGUUGAAAACAAGUGCUGAUUAUUGUAGAUAUGAUUUUGUCUUGAAAAAUACUGUGAUUUCAGAGUGUCGGAACAUGUUCUAGAGCUAGGGCAUUAUGAGAUAAAAGAGUCAAAGGUAUGAAUUACUCAUUUUGAUUGUGUGAAAAAAAAACAUUCGAUACAUUUUAUCAUUCAGUAUUCUCAUGAAAGUAUACUUGUACUGUUUAUUUCCUCCUAUUGAUUGAUUAUCCUGCUCUUUAGACGCAGAGUUCAUUGACGUCAUAUCCUGCUUUGUGUUUGCUAAACGGAAAUGGGAGGAGUGCUUUUGUAAUUCGUUCAAGAUUAUUCCACAGCAAAGAUGUGAGGUCAUGUAUUUAUAUUCAAAAGAGUCAACAUAUCAGCCCACAGUUUGACCAGUUCAGUAUACAGUAUUUCUUUGUUUGUUCGUUGAGCAGUUUGUGAAGGCAAGAUUAUUUGAUUGGGAUAAUAGCGGGCAGCCCGGGCAGAAGACAUGAUGAGGAGGAUUCAACAUUUUACACUUUAACUCAAUCAGUGCCAUCACACAAACGCUCCAAACCCAGAGGAUCAGAAGCAUCAGCCUGAUCAGGAAUGAUGCAGGGAUUUUUGUGGAGAAAAUGUGUGAUCAAUAGCCAUGAAUUGAAAUAACGACCAAAAGGCCUAUACACCAUAUGCAUUAUUGUUUGGUUUUGAUCUCAAACACGCGCACGCACACGCACACACAGUGCUCAGGUUCAUUUGCAAAGUAAGGGGGGGGGGAGUAGUCGAGGACCUUGAAUUUUGGGGGGAAAUUAGAUAGUAUAAUCACAUGUUUUUGAGUUGUAGAAUCCAAAUGAGCCACCGAAAGAAAGUUAAAGAACUCAAGAGGAAAUUUAUCUUGUAGGUGGCUGUUCAGAGUACCGGCUGAAAUGGUCGCAUGUGUGCACAAAUUCAGAGUUCCUCAAAAGUUGCCAAAUGGUCGUGAGUCAAGACUGAAAUGCAAUGAACUUGAAUACGGUAGCAUCAUCCUUUGUUUAAACAUGGGUGUGUUACGCUGGUAGCCCCUUAUGUAGCCUUGAGGCGCUCGGCUCAAGCAGAGCUUAGGAGCGGUCUGUGAAGCUCACUUCUUUCUAACUCCACAUGCCCAGAUUUAUUUCAUCGUCUUCACACGCUGACUCGAGUGACAUCACUUGAGGACGUUUACCGGACAUCAGACAGCUCCCUCUGGAGCCACAAAAGGCAUUACGAAGCUUUUUCUUCUCCACAUAUGCAGUAGUUCUCUCCAAGACUUGUAAACAGACUUUGGUGGGUGAGAUCAGUGGAGUUCCCCUUUACCAAACAAUCUCUGAGAUAUGCAUGCUACUAUUCAAACUCCUCGUCUGAGACGCUUCAGUGAAGUCAUUACUAGAUUAUCUUUGUGCCAAUUGGGUUUUGCAAUAAGAUAAAGAGCAUAUCUUGAUUGUGUUCCCAAAGUAUAUAUCACUCCACGGUUGGUUAUAUGAUGUUAGAAGUCUCUGAGUCAGGGUGUAUUCAGGCCCUCUUGAGGUGGUGAUUACCGGGGUGCACAUUCACACUUUCAGGUAACCUUGUCCUUUAGAAUAAAAACACAGGAAGGUGGUAAUAGUCAGUAGAUAGUGAAUGCAGCUUCAUUCUAAUAACACCCUUUUACAAAUGAGUUUUCCGUCCUGGUCUGCACACUAACAGCUUGACAAACUGUAAAAAGGCAAUAUGAUGGAUCUUCACUAAAAGUAGAGUCAGGGUGUGAGGACGUGGGAUACUGUUCUUUCCAGUGCAAGAAAAGCACAUAUUGUCUGUAGAAAUAUGGGGCUUAAAGGCAACCAUAAGAGUUAUUUAAACUCAAACAAUGAACAUGUGUGACCAGAAAGAAGCCUGAUACAUCUACCCUGUGUUUACAUUUACAAGUAUCAAAUUCUCAUUCAGGUCGGUUUAUCCCCAGAAACGAAUAUAACUUCAACUUUUUGUUGUUGAUAUAGUUGAUGCAUAUGUUUAAUGAAUUCACAAACACACACAGUGGAGAACCUAAGCAGCCCUUGCAUGCUCGCAACAUAUACUCACCACUCAUUUCACUGGACAUGAAAUCAGCACAUUCAUUCCAAAAGCUGUGAGGAUCUUCUUAUCUACGCUUUUACUUUAGGAUAUUAGCUUAUACAAGAGAGAAAAUAGAUUUCUUUUGACACAUAUGUUCAAGGAGCAGAGGAGGAGAAAAAAAAGUGUUGAACUGAUUUCAAUGUGAAUUUUCUUGCCUCUAGUGUAUAUGUGUAAUUACAUGUGAAUUGUACUGUAAAUAUGAUAUCUUUCACUUAAUAGUUCUUAAUGCAUGAACAAAAACAUGGCAGUUCGUAAUACCAGCUAGCCUCACUGCUAACGGCAUGGACAGCUUCUCUAGCAUUGGCAUACUUCUGCAAACGAAACCUAAAAGAUGAAACACAAGACAUACAUGGUGUGAACAAAAUAAUGGAGCGAUCAAUGCAAAGUCCUCUCACAGUGAAGGAGUUUCUGGUGGCUCUGAGCUUGUGUUGGUUCACCUGCUCCCUCACGAACAAGGCUAAUGCCAAUGCUGCUGGAGACUCCUGGGAGUUGUAGUACGCCUUGGUUCACUGUCAGCGAAUGGGAUGGUGCCAUCUUGAAUGAAAUUCUCUCGUGAGGCUUUUCCCAUUUACAAGACAGAAUUUGGGAUUUGCCGCAGAUUGCAGAGCGGUACACCCGCCGCAGCGUUUACCUCAGCCAUCAACUAAGAAUCAUAGAAUCGUCCAUGAAUCUGAUCAAAAUAUUACGGGCAUGUUCGGCUAGAGGAGCAGGAUAGCCUUAAGAAGGCGAGUGGGAUGUUCUUUCCUGUUCCUCAAUAAGACAGUCCUGUGUGCCCCUGAGCGAGGCACUUAGCCAAUUGCCCGAGAGCAGCUGCUCACUUGCUAAUAAUAGAAGUCUACGUCCAUGCGGUCUAGCUCCUGGAAGUUAAUUAUGUUUAGCUACGUGAGGGAAUUGAUAAGAAGUUGUCCCCUGGAUAAAUGCAACGAGUUAAAAAAAAAAUCUGUUACACAAAUGCCCGUUGGUUCUGUUCAAGUAAUUAGGUAUUGUGGUGUGAUUACACCGUCUCAUCAGUGCUAUAAUUACCAGCUGGGCUCUAAAAUUAUAAAAGUUAUGAAUCACGUCAUUUUUUGUUGACCCCGCCCUUCAGGCCGGGGCGUUUCAUCUGGGAUUAUACCGCUCCCCGAUGAAAGAUUUGCAUGACGAGUUAUGAAUCACACUGACGCUAACCCCUAAUAAAAGAGUGGACCACAAACAUGCAAACAAAUUUCAUCCACCAAACACCAUAACGUGGCUGACAGACUCCUCACUGUUGGAAGAGCUUUUGCUGGUGCAGUCAUUAUUUUGUCUGUACCUUGUAGAUUUUGUUUUGCAUGACCUGAGUUUUGAAAGGUUUAUUUUCAGAUAUUUUUACUCCACGUCAUCCGAUUCAUCUUCACAGCCAGGAAAAGAAAGAUCCAGUGUUUACAUGCUCAAAUUGCACUUGUUUUACAGCCAGCUAUUUAAAUCUUGUGAAACAAACUGUUCGUAAAACUGGAGGAAAAAUGUAAACAUGUAGAACGUACACGGUGUGAUUCGUGCGAAUCAUGAAUAUAUACUUCUAUACAAUGUAUUUGCUGUAAAUCACACAAUUUGGAAUAGAUGCACCAAGUGCAUGCUGUAGAUUUAUCAGGUUCAGCAUUAGCAUCAACAUCAAUCGCCCUUCAACUACAAAGGAUGUAAAGGAUGCUCACCAGUAGCAUCUGAACAUAAGCCAUGUGAUUGCACACCGAGUGGGUGUUCCUUGUAUUUUAUCUUCAAUAAGUUGCCUCUGGUUAUGGUCUGUUGUGGAUUACUGUAUGAUGAUGCUUGCAGGAGCUGUGCUGAUUCCCAGUUACACAUCAGUAUAACUCCCUCUUUGAAAAAGCAUACCAGGGAGACUAUCUCAUGUUUAACCAGUGAGUAAGAAAGAUUUUCCAACACUUUGGCAACGAGAAGAAAGAAACCCGCGAGACCAACAGUCCAUUUAUUUUUCAAUAUGAAUUAGUAAAUGAUUUGAUUCAUUUAAGUGGUCACUUCUGAUUUAUUGUAUUUGUAGCAUUUGUUAUGGAUUGUUAUUCUUACUGUUGUUGUUGUUUUAUCAUAAGAAGGAAAUGUAAUUCAUCUGAUAUACUGGCACUGGAAGAAAAAUGCAUUUGGUUUUUGUACUGUAAUUGUUUUGUUCACAUUGGGCGCUUAUUUGAUUCAGUUGUUUAAUAAGGUGUUUGAUUUCAUUUGGAGUAUCAGUACUCAUGGAUUCAACAUUUGUGUGUAGUAUGAAGUUGUAUUUUUUUGUCAGUGCAAAUUAAUGUUAUAGUGUCAAUCAGCUUUUUUAGGUGUUUGAACAAAAUGUGUUUUUUACAAAUACAAGGUGUUCAAGUAUGUGGUAUAAAAAGGGUUAUCAUUCAAACAACAGACUUUUUACAAAUAAAGGCUUAUACAGUAAAGAAAGCUAAUGUCUUUUCAUUUGCCCUUUGAGGACUAAUAUAUUACAUUGUUUCAUUUGACGUGUUAUUCAUGUAUUUUCAGAUAUUAGUCCACAAACGGUAAAUAGCAUACAAUGUUGCAAAUUAAGAAGAUAACAUCAGGUAUUUAGCAUUGCUAUUCCAGGUUGUUGUCAGAGCGCUCACCUCUUCGGUGGUGUCUUGCUUUUGAUUGGGACUUUCGGACACUAGGAAAGUCCAAAAACUAAAUUUAAGAAAAAUCAAGAGUAUCUUCUUUUAAUUUGAUGACAAAACGUUGCGCAUUUAUGAGAAUAAACCUUCUUUCAUACCCUAUUUCCUGAAUAAAGACGCAAAGUGACACCUGC